CAUCGGCCUAACACAAGACGGCCGCCUGCCGCCGCAUCACCAACACCACCUCUCCUCUGGAAUCCUCUACCAUACAUAUCGCAAUCAUGGCGCCUCUCAAGAUCUCCAUACCAACAACACAAGAGCAAACACCCGAGAAUGGCAAAGCCUACACAUCCUACACCAUCAAAAUCGAGCACCCCUUCCCACGCGCCGCAACCAGCAUACAAAAGCGUUACUCCGACUUCUCCGCCCUCGACUCCUCCCUCCGCUCAGAAGUCGGCUCUGCACCGCCCGUAGCCCUCCCACCAAAGUCCUGGCUCGGCGGCUUCCUAGGCAUAGGCUCCACCACCUCGUCUCCCGAAGCCAUCGAGAAGCGACGAGCUGGGUUAGAAGCCUACCUCCGCGCGAUAGAAAGCGCCGAAGACGGGCGCUGGCGCGUCUCCAAAGCCUACAAACAGUUUCUAGAACUAGGAGAGAAGGAUGGUGCGAACGGGAAGAAAGCGGCUGGUUUUCCAGGUAGCCAAUUCGGCAAGGAUAGAGUGAGGGAUAGUUCCGACUGGCUGGACAAGCACUCGGAGCUCAAAUCCAACCUGCAAGACGCACGGAGGUGGUUGACGAAACGCGAACAGGCCACCGCCGCAACGGCCCAGCACGAAGCCGCAGCCAACGCAAAGAAAAGCCUCGUCAGAGCCGGCAUCCUCAUCUCGGCGCUCGACGAAGGGCUGAGUCGUCUCGGUGGCUCAAACAUCAAAACCUCAGACGACUGGUCCGCCGAGAAACUAGGCGACGGCGAGAUCAGGAGAAGGAAAGACAUGAUCAGCGGUCUCCGCAAGGAACGCGACGGUCUCGACUCCGUACUCAAUAGCAUGGCCGUCAAAGCCGCCAUCUCCGGUUCUGGCACCUCGUCCACACCAUCCACCUCCAGCGCCGCCCAGGUAACCGAAAGCCAAAAAGCCGGACUCUUCUCCUCCAAGAACUCCUCAUCCUCCAAACACCCCUCCUCCUCCCGUCGCGUCCUCGGUGGCCCGCCCGCCCAAGAAACCGAUAAAACCCGCGAGUUGGACAAUGAAGGCGUGCUGCAACUUCAACAGCAGAUUAUACAGGAGCAAGACGAGGACCUGGUUGAUUUGACAACCGUGGUAAGAAGGAUGAAGGAGAUGGGGGUCCAGAUUAAUACGGAGAUUGUGGAGCAGAAUGCUUUAUUAGGCUUGUUUGAGGAGGAUGUGGAAAGGGUGGAUGGCAAGAUUAGGAUUGCGAAGAAGAGGGUUGAUAAGAUUAGAUGAGGUAGGUGGGGAGGGGUGGGGAGGUGGACUCUGGGUCUGGGUUGUAAUAUAGGGAAUUGGAGUAUGGGUCGGUAUUGGUGUCUGGGAGUCUUUCGUGGUACUGGGAUGGAUAAUUUGAUCUACGUAUCUGAUCAUGAGUAAAACA